GAGAGAGAAAGAGAGAGAGAGAGAGGGCGAAAAGUGUCAUUGAAGAUAAUUGAUUACCUCCCAAUCAACAAUAACUUGUUAGCAAUAGUCAAUUACCCCAUCUCUUCUCGCUCCUUUCCCCCUGGUCCGAGGUCUCGGUGCGAGGGCUGCUCUUCCCCUCGACGAAGUCUGCUUUUUCUUUUUCUCUUUCUUUUUUUAAAAAUUAUUUUUAAAAAAAAAAUUUGGGGUGGGUAUUAGCUAAAGGUGGGGGGGCAGGGAAAGUGCUGUGAUUUGGGGUGUUUCUUAAAAUAGCAGCUAGAAAGAGAAAGAAAGAGGAGAGACAGGGAGAGAGAGAGGGAAAGAGAGAGAGAGAGAGAGAGAGAGAGAGAGAGAGAGAGAGAGAGAGAGAGAGAGGAGACAGACAGGAGGGGGGGAAAUCUCCGACCCAAAACCCUGGGACAAGAGGUACGGCAGGACCACCUCUCGGCGAGGGACCGACGGCAGCUCUGCUCCACUCCGCGCCCGCCCGCCGCCCUGCCCGCCCGGCCCGCCACCCGACGUGGCUCUCCCCGGGAGGACCCGGGGCUCCUCCGCCGGAGUUGGAGGUGGGCUUCAACUUUUGCUCGCUGUCUUCUCCGCCGUCACCCCGCGGUCCCGCCGGGGGCUUCUCCCCGCGGCAGCGCAUCCCCGUCGCGGGUGGGGAAGGCAGCCCCGCGCAGCCCAGCCCCACCAUGACUUCCAAAGAAGAGCCCAAGCCCUCCUCGGGGGAAGAACGGCGGCGGAGCCCCUUGGAUCACCUCCCACCGCCGGCCAACUCCAACAAGCCCCUCACCCCCUUCAGCAUCGAGGACAUCCUCAACAAGCCCUCUGUGCGGAGGAGUUACACCCUCUGCGGAACGGCCCACCUCCUCUCCGCCGCCGAGAAGCACCCCCCGGCCGGGCUGCCCCUCUCCGGCCGGGCGCUGCUCUCCCAGACCUCGCCCCUCUGCGCCCUGGAAGAGCUGGCCAGCAAGACCUUCAAGGGGCUGGAAGUCAGCGUGCUGCAGGCGGCCGAAGGCCGGGACGGGAUGACCAUCUUCGGGCAGCGGCAAACGCCGAAGAAGCGUCGGAAGUCGCGGACGGCCUUCACCAACCACCAGAUCUACGAGCUGGAGAAGCGGUUCCUCUACCAAAAAUACCUGUCGCCGGCGGACCGAGACCAGAUCGCCCAGCAGCUGGGGCUCACCAACGCCCAGGUCAUCACCUGGUUCCAGAACCGCCGCGCCAAGCUCAAGAGAGACCUGGAGGAGAUGAAGGCCGACGUGGAAUCGGCCAAAAAGCUGGGCCCCAACCCCGCCGUGGACAUCGUGGCCUUGGCCGAGCUGGAGCCCAGCGCCGAGGGAAGGGGCAAGGCGCGGCCCGGGUCCCCGCCGCCGCCCCCCGCCGCCGCCCGGGAGCCCGGCGCUCCGCCGCCGCCCCGCCCCGCCUCGCCCCCCACGGAGCGGCCCCGCAGCCGCCGGGACAGCGAGGAGGAGGAGGAAGAGGAGGAGGAGGACGUGGAGAUCGACGUGGAUGACUGAGGGGCGGCCGGCGUCCCCCCCCAUGUCCCUCCCCCCCCAUCCCGACAGCUCCAAACCGGCACCCUCGGCCCCCCAUCCCGGCCCCGGCAGCGCGGCGGGGCGGCUGCUCCCCUCGGUCGGAGCAAUAAGCAAUAGCACCCCACCACAGACACACACCCCCGAUGAAUUUAGGGUAGAGUCGAUAUCCCUCCGCCUGCCACAUCUUCGGAACGGUGCAAUUACGGACGGCUUCUGUAUAAAUAUUUAAACUUAUAUAUUGGAAUUUUUUUCCUUCCCCCUUCUUUUUGAGGUUUUGAUUAUUAUUUUUUUCUAAUAGCUAUCAGUGAUGAUUAUUUUAUCUAUAAGGGAGACGCGUAACCUUGGAAUAAACCUGGCUUCCAACAGAUGUUUGGGAAAGCAGUUGUUUUCAAAGACUUCCGAAACAAACCACUUUAGAGAAAAUUUAAGUUAGGCUUCAAACGGCAACAGCAAAAAAUUAGCCGCUUUCCUUUCCUUGCAUGUUUCAGAUGUGCACGAACAAAUUUUUUUCCUUUUAAAAAUAUUUUUUUCUUUCGCAGUCUUGGGAACUUGGGGCUGGGUGAUAAUGCAAGUUGAAAAAUAUAUACUUUCUUUUAUUCCUAGAGCAUAGAGAUUUGUCUCCAAUGCAAUUUCUGCCUCAUUUUACCAAUUAAAAGCUAUUUUUACCAUUUUCUGCUAUUGUUGUGCUUUUAUUAAAAAGCUGCCUUUCGUAUUUUUGAUAUGAAGGUGGUAACAAAAAAAAAAGGAAAAAUAAAAAAAAUCCUAGAAUUAUUUUUUACUCUUUUUAGAAUUUUUGCAUGCUAUGGAAAUAAAAAAGGACAAAUCCCAAAAUCAAUACAUUUAAAUAUUACACUAUAAAUUAAAAAAAAAAAGUGUACAGAUUUAAGACCUGGUUUUGUUUGAAUUGUACAAAUUUUAAAAGGCCUGCUAUUUAAGUUCCGAUAGGGACAAUGUCGCUUUAUUUACUGUCUCUUAGAAUUGUACAGAUAGCUCUUCUUUUUCCGAUACAAUAAAAUCUUUACCAUUUUAA